UUUUUUUGUCCCAAAUUAUUUGUCAUUUUACAUUUUCAAUGCAUCAUUAAUUGCACUAUUUUUAAUUUUACCCUUUAUCACUCAUAAUUAGUUAGUUGUAAAAUAAUUAAUGUCAAGGAUAUAUUAGUAUUUUCCUAUGCUUUUCACUAUAAUCUAUAUACAUUUAUCGAAUUUCUUAAUAUGCGUGCAACAACCCAAAACAUCAUUUAAAUUGGGACGGAGGGAGUACAUCCCAAAAUCAAGAUUCUUUCGUCUCACUUUCUUGUCUUUAGUUAGGAAAAAAGUCCACUUCCAUGGCAAUAAAUACCAUCCCGAACAGAACUUUAUCAUAAUAUUCUCAUAUUUGCAAAUUAAACCAACAACAAUGCAAGAAAUUCAGUUUCACCCCUAUACAUUCCCACUUCUCACAUCCUUGUUCUUGUUCUCUCUCUUUCUCAUUACCAAAUGGUUCAACAAACCUAGUUUACACAAAAAAACCCUACCUUCCUCACCAAGAAAGCUCCCCAUACUCGGAAACCUCCACCAAGUAGGCACAUUACCUCAUCGGAAUCUCCUAACCCUAGCCAAGAAACACGGCCCGUUUAUGCUCCUCCACUUCGGCAAUGUCCCUGUCUUAAUCAGCUCGUCGGCUGACUCGGCUCGCGAAAUCAUGAAAACCCACGACACCAACUUCGCAAACCGGCUCCAAAUAAAGGCCUUCCGGAAGCUUCUCUACGGCUGCAAAGAUGUAGUCACCGCCCCCUAUGGCGAAUACUGGCGGCAGAUGAAGAGCAUAUUCGUCCUCCAGCUUCUUAGCAACAAAAGGGUUCAAUCUUUUCGUCAAAUCAGGGAAGAAGAGACGGCCUUUUUCGUUAAAAGGAUCGAAGAAUAUUCUUCUUUAGGUAGUACGAUGAAUCUGACCAAGAUGUUUUCGGAGUUGACUGUUGACGGGAUUUGCAGAUCGGCUUUAGGGCACAAGUACAGCGAUUCGGAAAACGGGAAGAAGUUUUUGAUGCUGUUAGCGGAUUUGGCGGAGCUUUUGGGUGCGAUUAGUAUCGGGGAUUUUAUCCCGUGGCUAAGUUGGAUUAAUCGUGUUAAUGGCUUCGACAAGAAAAUGGAUAGAGUUGCGAAAGAAUUGGAUGAUUUUAUUGAGGGUGUGAUUCAAGAACACAUGGAAACUCCCAAGGGGAAAAAUGGCGAAAACUUUGUUGAUAUUUUGCUUGAAAUUUACGACGACGACAAUGCCGAUUUCUCGUCGUUUGAUAGAGAUAGCAUCAAAGCAUUACUUCUGGAUGUAUUUAUAGCUGGGACUGACACCAUAUCCACGUCUCUCGAAUGGACGAUGACCGAACUAUUACGAAACCCUAGCGUAAUGGACAAAUUGCAAAAUGAAGUACGGAUAAUCGUCGGAGGAAGCAAACACGACAUAACGGACGAACACUUGGAGAAAAUGGACUAUUUAAAAGCCGUGAUCAAGGAAAGUCUUCGUUAUCACCCACCAAUUCCAAUAGUAGUACCACGUGUGGCGGACAAAGACGUGAAGAUAAUGGGGUACGAUAUUUCAAAGGGAACGAUAGUGAUGGUUAACGCGUGGGCCAUAGGGCGGGACCCGCAGUCUUGGGAUGAGCCGGAGAAGUUUGAGCCGGAGAGAUUCUUGAAGAACUCAAAGAAUGAGAAUAUUGACUUUAGGGGCUUCGACUUUGAACUUAUUCCGUUUGGUGCCGGGAGAAGGGGUUGUCCCGGGAUUUCGUUUGCGGUUGCUACUAUUGAGUUUGUGUUGGCUAAUAUUGUGCAUAAAUUUAACUGGGAAUUGCCUGAUGGAUUACGAGGGAAAGAUUUGGAUGUGAGUGAAAGUCCCGGGAAUACGGUGCAUAAAGCUAUUCCUCUUCUUACAGUUGCCACUCUGAAUAUUUAAUUUGGAGACUAUGUUUAAUAUAGUUUGUGCUUAAUAUAUACAGUUUGUUUUUAUAUGGAUCAUCGUGCAAAUAAUAUUUCCAAACACACCC